UAUGAAACCAAUUAGAAAAGGGUUCUGCGCCGACCAGAUAUUGCAUUGGAGCGAUAAUGCCGCUGAAAUGGCUAAUCUCUUCCUUUCGUAUCAUGAGCGGGCCGCAUUUGUCUCAUCAAAUUUUCCUAUUCGGGAAACACAGUGAGACUCGUCCCCACCUAGUGGGAACCAGCAUUAUAGUGUUACACAGGCAUUGACCUCUAGCGCUGCAUUCUGCAAAAUAUAUUGCAGAUAGAGGUUAUAAAUUUAGUUAAAAUGCCCAUCAACAAGUACAUCGUUUGUUUCUCCCCGAAACCGAACUCUUUUUCAGCUCGUUGAGAAACUUAUCCACAUUAACUCUAUCUUCUUCCUUCUGCCUCUUUUCAGCUUGGAGAUUUCACUUAAAAAGAAUCAAACAAAAAAAAUGAACGGCCACUCUGAAAUUUCUAAAAUGCAAAGCGAUGCUAUGAGUAGCUCUGUUCUCUAUCCAAAACUUGACAGGAAGCAGCUACUCAUCACGGGUAGCAAAGGUUUGAUGCUGAUUGCAGAAGAUGGAACUCGUAUCAUCGAUGCUACUGGAGGUGCUGCUGUAGCAUGUCUUGGACAUAACAAUGACCAGGUCAAAGAAGCCAUUAUCAAGCAGCUGGAGCAAAUCACUUAUUGUUAUUCCCAAUUCUUCACCACACCGCCCCUUGAAAAGCUGACUCAACACCUCACAGAGUCUACAAAUGGGGAGAUGUCUAAAGUGUUCGUCGUUAGCUCAGGAACGGAAGCGGUUGAGGCCGCUUUGAAAAUGGCUCGGCAAUAUUUCACAGAGCUUCCCCAGCCACAAUAUCAGCGUCAUCGCAUCAUUGCACGCAGACAAUCCUAUCAUGGCAAUACCCUAGGCUCCCUAGCAGUUGGCUCGCAUAAGGCCCGAAGGGCUUUGUAUGAGCCGAUGUUGAAUACUCAGAUUUCGCAUGUAUCCCCGUGUUACCCGUAUCGCGAGAAGAUAAAAGGCGAAUCGGAUUUCGAUUAUGUAGAACGACUGGCUCAAGAACUGGAAGAUGAAUUCCAGCGGGUCGGCCCAGAUACUGUCUGCGCCUUCAUUGCAGAGACCGUAUGCGGCGGAACUCUUGGUUGCGUUCCUCCUGUCUCUGGGUACUUUAAGGCUAUGAGAGAAGUAUGUGACCGCCAUGGUGCUUUACUGAUUCUCGAUGAGGUCAUGACAGGCAUGGGCAGAACAGGGACAUAUCAUGCAUGGGAACAAGAAGGUGUCAUUCCCGAUCUACAAACAAUUGCCAAGUGUCUAGGAGGCGGCUAUGCUCCAAUCGGUGCCCUACUAGUGAACCGAAGAGUAGUGGACAUCCUCAACCAAGGUACAAAGGUAUACUCACACAGCCAAACUUAUCAAGGCCAUGCUCUUGCCUGCGCUACUGCUCUUGAGGUACAGAAUAUUAUUAAAAAUGAAAAUUUGGUUGCUAAUGUUGCCGCCUUGGGCCCUUACUUGGGUCAACUUCUGCAAAAAGAACUCGGUGAUCACCCCAAUAUUGGGGACAUUCGAGGCAGAGGGCUUUUUUGGGGCAUCGAAUUUGUCCAAGAUAAGUCAACAAAAGAGCCUUUUCCUGUGCAGAAGCAACUUGCGGGAAAUAUACAUCUGGCUGGCACCCGAAAACCGUAUUGUAUUUCGCUUCUACCAGGUAAUGGCACUGCUGAUGGAAAGAAUGGUGACCAUAUUAUUCUCGCACCGCCAUAUACUGUUACAAAGCAGGAGCUCGAAGAAAUAGUUCGGCGGGCAAAGAUGGUCAUUUUCGAUGUUCUUAAGAGUAUAGAUUAGGUCUUAUACCGACUUUUACGCUUUCUGUUUUCAAUUAUAGUAAAAUAGUGCUAUGUGGCUACGACACCAUCCAAUAUUGAUCCCUAUAUAGGUGUGGAUAACCUCUCAAACGGGAGUGAUACAUUAAGUAAUAUCAAAGCUAAG